AUGGUUCUGGCACGCCCCUUCCGUAACCAGCUGGGCCUUAUCUCUGGUUCUUCCAUUCGCGCGCGCCCCUUCAAGAUCUCUGUGGCUCAUCGCGCGGGCGCCUGCCACUCGGCGAUGUCCUCCGAGCAGUUUGCCAAGAGGGGAGCGAUGGACGAGGAGCCGAUCGGCUGCAGCGCUGAGCCCCAGGCCCAGGACUGCGAGUCCACUGCGAUCACCUAUCCCGACACCGACAGCGAGUUCGGCGACUACACCGCCGUCUGCGACACCUGGCGCAACACAGCGCAGACGAGCAGCACGUGCCCCCGCCGGCGGGCGGCGCCGUGGCUCGCGCGCCGGAUGGCCCCCGCGCGCCGCAGGGCUCGGCCCGCGGGCACGGGCCUCAGGGGCUGCCCGCCGCCGCGCUGGGUGCCAAGGUCCGCGGCCGCAAGAAGCGAGUGA